GAUUUCACGGGAAACAAGAAAUUAAAAGUAAUUGUUAGCUAUUUGUGAGUGCGAGGGCGAAAAUCUACACAACAACUUUUGACUAAAUAAAGCUGAAAGCUAUUAAUUUGCAAUUCCUCUCUGUUAAAGUCACUUUUCAGCAGUUUGUGUUAUUCAAAGUUCUGACUGAAAAGUAAUGGGAACUGAAAUUAAAAGUCAGGAAAAUUGUGAAAACUCUCUUAGAAAUCGAAAGAAGAAAGAAGCAUUGACUCAGAACAAUGUUCUCAAGUCUUCAGAAAAGUCUGAAGUUAAACCACAAAAUGAGAGCAAAGGAAAAGUAGAAAAUCAGCAACAAAUUGAAUCAACAACGAAGCCACAAAUUCAUGAAGAACGAAAUGAUAAAAGCUUCAGAAUAAGACUUGAAUUUGACCCAAUGUCGGUUGUCUUGUUUACAUUGGCUAUCAUCACUAGAUUUUUCAAGCUCUCUGAGCCUAGGAAUGUUGUGUUUGAUGAGCUACAUUAUGGAAAAUACGUCUCAUUAUACAUGAGAAAUGUUUUCUUUUUUGAAAAGCAUCCGCCAUUAGGAAAGCAGCUUAUUGCCUCAGCAGCUUAUUUUGCUGGUUAUAAUGGCAAUAACACGUUCAGUAAAAUAGGAAGUGAAUACUCAGAAAAUGUCCCAAUCUUUUGGCUAAGAUUCAUUCCAGCUCUCUUUGGCAGUUUACUUGUACCCGUCAGCUACAAUUUGCUUCUGCAACUAAAAAUAAACAGAUGGGUAGCUACAUUGGGUGGACUUUUGAUUGUGUUUGACAACGCCUUGCUGACACAAUCCAGAUUUAUACUCAUGGAACCAAUGUUAAUACUCUUCUCUACCUCAGCACUUCUAUUUUUAAUGAGAUUUUUAGAUAGUAAAUAUUUUAGCAUUAAUUGGUGUCUGAAUGGAUUACUUGCUGGUGUUUUCUACUCAUUUUCCAUCAGUGUAAAAUAUGUCGGAUUUUAUUCAUAUGUUUUGGGUGGAAUUCUUGUUGCCCGACACAUUUGGCUGGAGCUUCGAGAUAAAACAUUCUCGGAUCUUACGAUUGCGAUGAGGAUAAUCACCAAAGGAAUUCUUCUCGUCGUCAUUCCCACUGCCAUUUACUUAGGAAUCUUUCAUAUUCAUUUGAAUAUGUUAUACAAAGCUGGUCCACAUGACAGUGUCAUGACGAGUGCAUUUCAAGCUUCACUUGAAGGUGGAUUAGCUUCCAUAACACACGGACAACCUCUGAAAGUUGUUCACGGAUCACAAAUCACUCUUCGACACACAAAUGGAAGACCUUGUUGGCUUCAUUCUCAUGCUCAAGUUUAUCCUGUUAAGUACGAAGAUAAACGAGGCUCUUCACAUCAACAACAAGUGACAUGUUACAGUUUCAAAGAUGUCAACAAUUGGUGGAUUGUAAAACGUCCAUCAAAAGUUGACUUCUCGAUUGGUGAUGAACUUGACAUGAUUAAAGACGGUGACGAGAUACAAUUGGUUCAUGGACUGACAAGUCGUGCAUUGAACUCUCACGAUGUGGCUGCCCCAGUCUCACCGCAAUCCCAAGAAGUAUCAUGUUACAUUGACUACAAUAUUUCAAUGCCAGGACAACUUUUGUGGCGUGUAGAAAUCCUUAACAAAGAAGAAGAAGGGAUUCACUGGCAUGCUAUCAAGUCUCAAGUACGACUUGUUCAUGUUACGACACAGACAGCCCUUCGUUUCACUGGCAGGCAGUUGCCACAAUGGGGUUACAAUCAACAUGAAAUUGCUGCUGAUAAGAAUCUUAACCAUCCAGAUACAUCGGAUCAAAAAGAACGUGAACGACAAUUGUUGAAAUCUGAAAUGAUUCCAAUGGAACGAACUGAUUUGUCAUUCUGGCAAAAGUUUCGUGAACUUCAAUCAAAAAUGUUUUGGCAAAGUGAUACAGUUCAGAAUCAUAUGUAUUCAUCGGAGCCACUUGAAUGGCCUUUUCUAUCAAAAGGAAUUGCUUAUUGGUAUCAAAAGGACACAAACGCUCAAAUUCAUUUGCUUGGCAACAUUGCCCUUUGGUAUUCCACAACAUUCAGUCUCUUAUUCUACGUAGCUUUCUUGGUUUUCUACUUGCUACGACGUCGUCGUCAAUUCAUUGAUUUGAACGACCAGGAAUGGAGAAAAUUUCAAGAUGCCGGGUUCACAUUUUUGCUCGGUUAUUUGAUUAACUUCUUGCCGUACUUCUUCGUCGAACGUACACUUUUCCUUCACAAUUACUUGCCAGCUCUCAUUUACAAGAUCUAUUUGCUAUGCUUUCUCAUCGAGCACAUUCACGAUAUUCUAAGACGAAGCAAUCAGAAUCUCAUAAUUUUUACGUACAAAGUUUUAGUCUGUUCAUGGCUUAUCUACGUCUUCCAUGUGUUCCGAACCUUCCUGAUUGUUAGUUAUGGACGAACAAGGCUAACUACUGAUGAUGUGAUGAAUCUUCGAUGGCGAGAUACUUGGGAUUUUAUAUUUUCAUAAAUAAAUUAAACUAAACUUGUUGUGUAUUUAAUAAAAGCGUGAAUCAAAUAAAUAUUUAUUGAAUC